AUGAAGCUGGAGUUUCCUCUCCAGGGCACAGGCCUCGGCAAAUCAUAUGGAGACCCUAAGAUUCCCAAGCAUCAGGACCCCCUCUCAGCAUUGCUAGCAUUGUCCAAAGGGAAGGAUGAAAUUGUACUGUUUGGUCCUGUGUAUAUGUCAUCUGAUAUUGAUGUUCCAACAGCUCUGGCUGCUAAAGCUUUGGAAAAGCAAUGUGAUCAGUCAGUGUUACCAGAAGCUGCAUGCAAAGCACUCGAGUUAGAAAAGGUCAGCAAAGCGAUAGAGGUGGUGAAGACAGAGGUAGAACAACAACAGCACAAGUUAUUGAUGUACAAGUCUACCUUGGAAUGUGAAAAUCACAACUCUCUAACCCCAUCAACAAGCAGCAGGUCUAGCUGUGUCCCUUCCAGUACCAGCAAUGUAAACAUUUUGGCAUCUAAAACAGCAGACGCCACCACCGUAUUUGAAUAUGAGGUGCAAAAUACUUGCUUGAAUAGUGUUACAUGCAACUCAAUACUGAUAGCUAGCCCUUCUUUAAGUCAGCAUAGAUUUAAUACCUUGACUGAGGUAACUGAAGAGAAUACUUUCCAGAGUAUUCCCAUGGCCAGUUCAAAAAUCAAAAAUGCUUGCUCAGUUUUAAAUAAAUAUGUGAUUGACAGGUGCAGGCCCUGUACCGAUUUAGAGUAUGACCCAUUGGUAAACUAUUCUUCCAAUUUGAAGCAAACUGUCAAGAAGGGAUCCAUGGAGGAGAAACAGGAAUUCAAGAUGAUUGAGCAGAGUCCUGAAAAAAGGUUCUCGCUGGCAACUCUCACAGCAAGGAGCUCUCAAUCCUGUGAAACUUUGAGCUCUGAUGAUGAGCUUGUCAUUGAUGUGCCAGAGUUGCCUCCGCUUAUUCAAAACCCUCGGGUCCACAGGAGGUAUCAAAGAAAAGGAAAUGAUGUUAAUACUUCAAAUCUCAGCUUAAUUCGUAAAGUAAGGCAGCUAAGAGCAGCUGACUCCUCAAGUCCAGUGUUGGAUGGAGGAAAAUCUGUGGACGACUCAGCUUCCAGAAACUUUAUGCCAGAAAAUAGUAGCAGAGAGAAGGAACUGAUCCUCAGCACUUUGCAAGGAGAAAAAAAAAGCGACUCAAAUGAGAGUAGCAAAUUUUCCAAUGUAACAAAUUGUCAGAUGUGUAAUAUUAACAAGCACCUUGAUGUUCCCAAGCCUGGUUCCAAAGCCAGAGGGCUAGAAGGACCACUGAAAUUAGGACUGGUUAAAAAGGAAAAUUCUGUUGCUCAUGUUGAUAUGGAUAGAGUUAAAUCGUCAAGUCAGAAAUGUAGGAUAGUGUGUGUACCUGAAAAGUUUGAAGUGGAUGUGCAGAAAUGCGAAAAAAUGAAAGAGGGAAGUUUAAUCCAUUUGGACAGUUUGAAAAAGGUAAAUGAAAAAGUGCCUCAGGCUGAAAGCAAGAAUGCAUCACUGAAAGUUGAUCAGGUGCCCUCUUCUGCAAUAAAAUGUAUUAAACCAGGGACUGCAAACAACAGCAAAUACAUCAGUAAGUUGGAAACUAGGCUGAGCACUGAUCAAAGACCAAAGAUACAGAACCAAGUGAACAAUUUUGGCAAUAAAAACUGGGCUGAAAGUCUGCAAACUACAAGUGAUAAAGAUGAAGAAGAAUCAUCUCUUUCUGAUGAAGAAUUGAUCUCUGUACUAUCAGAGGAGUUGGACUUUUCUGAAUCAGACCCAAUGGAAGAGUGCUUGAGGAUUUUUAAUGAAUCCUCAAAGCAGAAAAUUAAAGAUAGUGAGACAGACAUUGAGCAGAGCACUGCUGCAAAAACCUAUGAAAAUAUUCAAGAUUUUGGGAAUUCAGAAAGUGCCAACGCAGGACAAAAGAGAAGGAUUGCACAUGUUGCAAAAUUUAAUAAGGGAAGAUCCAAUUGUAGCCGGGUAAUUAUUCCGCACACCCUACCACCAUCAAAGCAGCCAUGUCACAGUCGGAUUAAACUGGUCCAGCAACAGGCUGUGCAGUUAAUGGCAAAUGUGAAAAGUGCUCGGGCUUAUAAAGCUACUGUUUCUAACUGUCCUGGGCAGAAGAGGCUGAUUGUACAAGGAACAGAGCAACAACCAGUCAGUGCUGCAAAAGCAGCUUCUCAUAAUCCUUUCAGGAAAGUUCCGAGUGCAUCCUCUAGCUCCAGCUCUAAUGUGCCAUCAAAAGAAGGGAUUGUCUCGAGCAGUCCAUUAAAAGCUACACGUACUGUUUCACCACUGGGAUCAGCCAGUUGUGCUCCUGCUCCGCAGAGAACUAAUUCAAAGCGAGGAUCUAAAGUCUCCAAAAAUGUGCGGAAGCAGUAUCUUGGCUUCUUUAUUGAAGAGUUUUUGAAGACAUGUUCAUCUCGGCAAGAAGCAAUCAAAAAGGCUUUGUCUGAAGAAAAGGUUAUUUUUGAACGUAGCACAACCAGAUUCAUGUAUCUGAAUGUAGCUGUACAGGCACUGAAAAUCCUACGGAAUCCAAUAAAUCAUGGACCAGUGGCUUCAGAUGUUACAGGUGCUGCACUUUAUAGAGUGCUCAAGGAUUAUGUCUUAACUGAGGAACAGUUGAAAGAGAAUGGAUAUCUUCGUUACAACCCUGACAAACCAGGGACUGGUCUACUCUUAAACAGUGAAGCGAAGAAAUACAUUGCUGACUCAUUGAUCCGGGUUUGCUGUCGUUGUGGGAAAUCGUUCUCUGUGACGCCUGAAGGAAAUUAUAUCUGUAAGGAGGAAUGUGGCCACCACUGGGGAAGGAUAAUUAGACGGCAAGUACCUGGUGGCUGGGAUGCUCGAUACAGUUGCUGUGGAGGAUCUUUGGGCUCUGUUGGAUGUCAGGUUGCUAAGUUACAUGUCUACAUUCAAAAAGAAAACCUUGAUGGUUUUGUGAAGACUUUCCUUAAGCUACUCCCACUUGAUGGGAAUCCUGGUGUUUAUGCAGUGAAUUCUGAAAUGUGCUUCACUAAGCAAGGAGGGGAGCUUUCUCAUGUAAGUGUGAUCAAUGCCAAUCUCGAAGUGGUCUAUGAUGUGUUUGUUAAACCUGAGAAUGAAGUGAUUGAUUACAACACCAGAUUUUCUGGUGUGACUCGAGAGGACUUGUUGAAUACAAAAACAACUAUCUCAGACGUUCAGUCAGCAUUAUUGGGCAUGCUUAGUGCUGACACCAUUUUGAUUGGUCAUAGUUUGGACAAAGACUUACUUGCACUCAAGCUUAUACACAGCAUGGUCAUUGACACAUCCGUUGUGUUCCCACAUUCCUUAGGGUUACCCCACAAGCGGGCACUCAAGAGUUUAAUGGCAGAUUACCUCAACCAUAGCUUCCCAGACAAUGUUGAAGGCUCUGAUAAAGGGCGUGCAUGUAUGGAGCUCAUGAUGUGGAGAGUGAAACGUGAUGCAAAAGGCAGGAAAUAGUGAGACAACUUGGAAAGGCCAUGAGCAGAAUGGUCCAGAGCCUUCCAACAUGCGAUGGCCCA